AUGAGCUUCACAUGCGAGCGUUCCGGACCUCACCGCAGAUGCAGUGUGAGCAGCGCUAGCGAUAGGCGCGCGCGGUGCGGUUGGGAGGCGGAGGCCGUGCAAAAAAGAAUAAAGGAGGGCGUGAAAAAAGAAAGCCACGGCGCUCGGCCUGCUGAGAGAAGACCUGCCCGGACGGCAGUGACAAUUUACCCGACAUCAAUCGUCGACGGCAACCUCGAGAACUGCGCCUCCAAAGGCAUGCCUGACUGGCUCCUGCUAGCCGUGCGUCCUGGUGGCAUCCAUUGCCAGCUCAGGCGCCGCUCGGACUCGGUUGACGGCCGCCCAAGUGCUUGGCUCGUGCCCAGCCGACCGGCAGGCGAUGCCCACUCGCUGCUAGGCUAAUCUCGGGCUGUCAAGCGGCGGUGUGGUGCCGUGAAGGGCAGCGGUGCCAAAACUACGACUAUUAGUACCGUGCGGGGGCAGUGCAUUUAAUUAUGUCAAAAAUCGAAACGUGCUC